AUGGUUAUUUUCAAUUUGACGCGUCUCGGAGGACGUUUGAUCGAGGAGUAUAACCGAGGUGGAGGAAAAGAGGUGGAGAGACUGAUUCUCGAAGAGUUUGGCGUGUUUAUGUACAACCACGGCAGGGGAAUGGAGAUAACUCGGACGGAAUACCUUAAGUGGAAAUAUCGUAAUGUGCCAAAAGAUCAGCUCGUCGUCCACAUGGAUAACAAGAGUCCCUUUAACCCACUGAACAAAUGGGAAGACCACGAGGCAUGUUGGCAGAUGCAGUUCCGAGGGUCGUUGGGCGAGACGCUCCUCCACGUCCUCAUCAUGUGCGAUACCAAAGCUCACACUCGAGUGGCCAAGAUUCUGCUCAAGUGCUUCCCCAAGCUGGUUGUGGAUGUGGUCGAGGGGGAGGAGUAUCUGGGUGCCAGCGCUCUCCAUCUUGCAAUCGCCUACAGCAACAAUGAACUGGUUACCAUUCUUCUUGGUUGCAAUGCAGACUUCGGCCAAAGAGCUAUUGGCAGCUUCUUCCUCCCGAAGGACCAGCAGGUGACCCGGCCGCCAGGACCUGAGACCACAGACUACGAAGGACUCGCUUACCUCGGGGAAUACCCACUGGCUUGGUCGGCCUGUCUGGGCAACGAGACCGUUUAUAACAAGCUGAUCGACUUCGGUGCGGAUCCCAACGCACAGGACACCUUCGGGAAUAUGAUUUUGCACAUGGUGGUCGUUUGCAAUCAGCUGGGUAUGUUCUCCUACGCCCUCCGCCACCCUCGCAUCCCAGCGCAGGACGGGAUAAUGAACAUGGCCGGCCUCACGCCCCUUACCCUCGCCUGCAAGCUCGCCCGCUCCACCAUCUUCAAGGAGAUGCUGGAACUUACCUGCAUCGAGUUCUGGCGUUACUCGAACAUCACCUGCAGCGCCUACCCACUCAACGCCCUCGACACGAUCCGGCCCUCGGGGGAGACCAACUGGAACUCUGCCCUCAUGAUUAUCCUGAACGGAACGAAGAGCGAGCACUUGGAUAUGCUGGAGGGAGGAAUUAUCCAAAGGCUCUUAGAGGAGAAGUGGAAAACGUUUGCUAGGGGCUCCUCGCCUCCGAAAGAGCAGCCACGUCAACUCAACCACUUCAGUUCCCUUGGUAGCAGGGGUAGUCGAUCAUCCCUUUGCAAAGAGAGGGUGGUCCAGCCUUCCUCCUGGACAGCCGGUCUGCAGUUGAACCUCGGGAAAGUCACUCUGGGUGGACGCUACCUCGGUCACCCCCGCGGACGUUGA